AUGAGCAAGGCAGAUGACCAGGAUGCAAAAGGAGCCGCUGUAAAUCAAAUGAAAAACGAAGUAUCACUGCACGAGGAAGACAGUUCCUCAAAGGCGAAGAAGAAGCGUGCCAGUACCGAUAAUACCGAUAAUGCCGAUAAUGCCGAUGAGGCCUAUGUGGAACGAACACAAAUGGACGUCCUAUGUGGUCGUGGAAUCCAAGUACUGCACCAUGUCGGCAACUUGAGGCUCCACCUAGCGGCAAAUGAGCUUCGGGAGGAAUACUUGAGCAGUAGGAGGGACAGGAAGCGAGAGAUUAUCAAGGACAUUGUGCGACAGCUAAGAUCGAACGGUUCACGAUUCUUGAGAGCGGCAAAGAAAGACAAAUCAAAGUGGAUUGAAGCGAGUGAUGAGUUUGCGUACCACAAAGUAAGCCAUGUUCUCAGGGGACAGAACACUGGCAAAGCAGUGAGAAAAAUCAAAAGUGAUGAGGAAGCGUCAAAUGAAGUUGCAGCAUCUUUACAUGCGACUGGGGAGCAACGACCGCAUCCCAGCCAAAGUCAGGCGUUUUCUUCUGGCGCUGGAGUUGCCCAUGCGCAGCUCCCAUCACAUGAUGAAAGGGUGGGAAUGGACAAGCCAAAUCCCCUAGAUUUUGCUGGUCUCCAAGGAGGGAAUAGCGGUGGUGGAACGGUUGAAGAUUUCCUCAGACAAAAUCAGUUGUUGGCUAGACAUGGUAUGGCCCAUUUUCCUCCCGAGGUACAGCUUAAUAGUCUCUUGCAACAGCAGCAACUUGAGCAGCUGCAGCAGGAGCAGUUCCUGAGACAACGGCAAGAGCAACAGCAACAGCAACAUCAGUUCCAACAACAACUUCAAGAGCAACAGCGACAGCUACUGAUGCAACAGCAGCAGCGACAGCUAGGGCAGUUCCCCAUCAACAACAACUUCCUCCAGCGACUGUUACUAUCACAAGCCAAUAGUGCGAGCUCUACAGUACAGCCGGCAGCGUCUACUCAAGAUGCUGUGUCCAAUGAUUCAUCAGGGCCGCAACCUACACUGACCAGGCAGCAACAACAACAAUCACAGGCACCGCCAAGUUCUUUGGACAUUGCUACUUGGAUCCGUACGCUAAAUUCAAGUCAACCAAUACGAGCUGAUAAAGACAUGACUACUAGAGACAAGAAGGAGGAUAAUCUGCGUCCUAAGAGAUAA